CAUCAAUCCUUCUCUGCAGACAACACCCCGAAGACAAGACAAGGAUACAUCCACUAGACACCGUCCAAAUGGAAUCCCAACCGUCAUCAAAAGCGCUGCACUAUCGCAUCAACACGAACAUCUCCCAGCUCCUGCAACGCUUCGAGAACAUAAUGGCUACGGCUACAACCGAAAGCACCAGCCACGCCUCCACCGCCGUCGAGACAUACCAGCUCGACGUGGAAUCGACUGCAUUGGUCCGCGCCGCAGAAGACAUCCUGGCCCUGACCCGCACAAUGAAAGAGACAUGGCUGUUCGGGAAACUCGAUACCCUUGGCGAAGACGCGACGGACGUGAAGCGCCGGGAGGAGCUGGAGAGAGAUGCUACGGCAAUCCAGAAGGCGAUUGAGGAGGGGGGGGUAUUGAAGGCUACUAAAUAGUAAACACGAUGGUCGGCCGGCGUACGGGAGCAUUUUCGGGGUUGGUUGGAUGGAUGGGACUUUAGAUGGGCGUUGGUAUGGGCGUUUCUUAUUUUCUUCAUUAGAGAUCUGUAAAAAUAUGUG